UCGACACAUAGCAGCAGACUGGUCCCUAAACACCCGCCCACACUCACUCAAAACACAAAGCAGUCCCUUUUCUCCUUUUCUCCGUGGUCUUCGAGUUUUCGACAAGCUGAAGCGAAGCACAUGCGCGUCAAGCAAACUGGAAAUGUUACGCACUUGACUGCAGUCGUGCAGGCGUUCUGUUGUCGGAGCAUGUACGCACGGACGGAGCACUUUCAUUACACAGACGUCGUCGGGCAGAUUUGAAAGGCAUCGGCCGAGAUGCACCGUGGCUGCUGUUACCAAGCGCCGAUAUAUAGUGAUACCGGCCGGGUUUUAUCAUGGUUUUCAGACGGUCAGCUCGGAGAAUGCGGUGGCUGGGAUGUUAUCGUCUGGGGCCCAUAUGGAAAGCACUCCUGGUAUUUGUUGUCAUCGGUUUUGCCGGACAACUUCUGGGAGUCAUCUUCAACAAGAGCUGGAUGCAGCCAGAGAGACUUCACUCCCUCUACUCUCUUCCCUCUGAGAAUUCCCAAGGGGAGUCUCUGGGGUCUUGUCAGCCCCACAUCCACAUCAUGUUCCUGAAGACUCACAAGACAGCAAGCAGCACCGUUCUCAAUUUGCUCUAUCGCUUUGGAGAAGAGCGGGGCCUUAAAUUUGCCCUGCCUGUGGGUUAUCAGUUUGGCUACCCAUUGCCCUUUAUCGCCCAGAGGGUGAAAGGAUACAGAGGCCCUCACGUGGCAGAAUUUGACAUCAUGGGAAAUCAUAUGCGGUUCAACAAACCAGAGGUUGAGAAGGUCAUGCCAGCUGACACCUUCUAUUUCUCCAUCCUCCGAGACCCUGUGGCGCUAGCUGAAUCCUCCUAUGCCUAUUAUAAAAAUGUUGCCCCUGCCUUCAGGCGUACCAAAGGACUGGGUGAAUUUGCAGACAACCCCUAUAAAUACUACGACGCCAGACUCCGAAACAACCACUAUGCCCACAACCUGAUGUGGUUUGAUUUUGGUCUGGAUCAUACCUCCAACUUCAGCCUUGCGCUGGUCAAGCGCGGUAUGGCAGCAGUGCGUCGGAACUUCAAGCUCAUCCUUAUAUCAGAGUAUUUCGACCAAUCUAUGGUGCUGCUCCGCCACGCUCUGUGCUGGCCGCUAGAUGCUGUGGUUUCUUUUAGCCUGAAUGCCAGGCAGCAAAUGACCAGUGGAAGAUCAGGAUGGAUGGCCAAGGCUGCAGCUCCAGCUCCUUUGGCAUUAACAGACAAGCAAAGAUCGAAAUUACGUGAAUGGAAUGCACUAGACUGGCACCUUUACCAAGCUUUUAAUCACACUUUCUGGCAGGAAGUAGAGCGCUUCGGUCGCAGUCGGAUGGAGUCUGAGGUGGCCUUGCUUAGGACCAAACGGGAGGUUCUCACUCGCAUCUGCUUGCGUGAUGGGGGCCGCCCCAUAGAGGCCAGUCGCAUCCGGGACAAGACCAUCCGCCCUUUCCAGAGUGGAUUAGUGAAGAUCUUGGGUUACGAGUUGCAGUCGGGACUAGACAAUGCCACGUGGGAAGCUUGCCUACGCAUGAUCAGGCCUGAGAUACAGUACAAAGACUUGCUGGAUCUUCGGCAGUUCCCUCGAGCCCAGCAACCCCCAGCCGCUGGAGGGCUUCCAGUAAAGAGAGAGUCCUCAAUACUCAGGACUGAAGACCAUGGGGGAAAGAGGUUGGUGGAGAAGGACUGGGAUGGGACCAUUCUGUUUCGGAAUCAAACAUUAGAGCAGGUUGAUUCAAAAGUAAGACUUAGAUAGUGAGCUAGUUGCACCUUUUUGCCUCAAGGUCAGUAGUUCUGACCCAUUUUGGCUCCACAGGCCUCUGUGCUGCACUACUAGAGGAGAAGGGAUAUCCAAGACAUACAACACACCACUUUGUCAUUGACUCUUCCUCCUUCCAUCUUGCCCUUCUACAUUCUAUUUUAUAGAACACAAAAUUUGAAGUGAAGAAGUGGUUUGUGAGUAGAUUACAGUGGCUGGAUUGAUAUAAUGGUACAAACAUGCCAGAUGGUGGCUAAAUGCAUAAACUCGCUGUCUGUGAGUUUGAUAUUGGGAAGAAGUGAGAAAACGCUGCUUCCUUGUCCAUGAUGAGCCAUGGUAUGGUACAAAAAACAUAGCAGUGCACAUGUCAUGUAAGUGGUUGCAGUGUUUCAAACAUACUACUAAAACCCCACUUUCAAAUAGAUAAAGUAUCUUUGGUACGUUAGUGUUCAAAAGUUUGGGGUCAAUACAAUUAUUUUUGAAAGAACUUAAUACUUUCAUUCA